AUAGAGCAACACAUAUCCACCGAGUGGUUUUCGGCCGGAACCCAUUGAUUUUCAGUGGUUUCCGGUGCGGAUUGAAAAUUUCCACACUACUAGAACACCCCUUAUCUCAUUUACAAAAGAUGGCUUAAUCCUUAAAAAAUCUUGGAUCUAGAAACGCUUAAACCAAACGCGGUCUAAAUCUUUCUUCCCCAAAUUUCAUUUCGUUUCGUGCGCUUCUUUUUCUCUGGGCAUGGCGUUUGGGUGUUUCCCCUGCUUUCCAUUGAGUUACCGCAAAUCUUCAUGCAGAGAAGAUGAUACAGGAAGUUGCUGUGAAAAAGCUUAGAAUGAAUACCCGACAAGGACGUGCAGCAUUUCGGGCUGAGGUUAAAAUGCUCAGCUGCAUAAAGCAUUCUAACAUCGUCAAGCUGAUUAGCCACCAUGAUGAAGGGGGCAUUGUACGUAUCGCUUAUGAGUUUAUGCCGUUGAGGUCGUUGGAUCUUUAUUUGUAUGAGCAUGAAAUCAACAAGGAGCCUCUAGACUGGCAGACUAGGAUGAAGAUAGCAGAGGGUGUUGCCAAGGCUUUACUGUAUCUGCAUGAUCAAAAUGAGCCUCCUAUAAUCUAUGGAGACCUUAAAACAUCUGGUAUUUUGCUCGAUGAAAAUUUCAAUCCAAAACUGUCCGAUUUCAGUUUUGCAAAACUUGGUCCUACUUGGGAUUGCAGAGAGCCAGGCUCCUAAAAAGCUGAUGGAAACAAUAGGUUACGCAACUUACGCUCCUCCAGAGUAUUUUAUGACUGGAAAGCUCACUUUGAGACAUGUUAUCUAUAGUUUUGGUGUUGUUUUGCUUGAGUUGAUCGCUGGGCGGAAGGCAAUUCAAGAAAACCUGCCUUUUCUGGAGCAAAGUAUUGUUGUAUGGGUAACUUUUUGACCCUUUGUCCAAACACAUGUUUGUUCUUGUCAAUUUUCUUAAUGUAUCACCUUGUUGACUUCGCAAGCACGACCACUUCUGGUCAGUAAAAAAUUCACAGAGAUUGCUGACACUGUCUUGGGAGGACGUUAUCCAGAACAUGGACUUGCUCAAGCUCUUACGGUCGCUGAAAUGUGUAUGCGAGAAGAUGCUACCAAAAGACCUCCGAUAGCACAAAUUGUGACUCUUCUUUCAGAUAUACUCUCAGAAGCUGAAGGAGAAGCAUGGGACAAGAAAGAAGCUUCUUGAUACAUUUGAACCAACCUUUCUUGUUUUAAAGUUGCUCUCGACACAGUAUGCUGGAAGGUUUUCCAUGGGUAGUCAGUACUUUUCUUUGUUAUGUUUUGGUACAUUCAGAUAAUAUAUGUAUAUUUUUUUUUGUUCUGAUACACUCUGAUUGAAUUCAGUCUGUCCGGGUGGGUGAAUCGGCACAGUUUCCUUCAAUUUUUAUUGCUUACUGGAGGAGUCAUUUAGCAUUCUUUUUUUUCCAGCAUAAACACUAAGCAGGCAGAUCG